CUCUAGAAAUCACUAUCAUAAAUGCUAAAAUAACUACACCAGCUUAGAGUAUUAGAAAAUGCACCAAUUCUACACAUCUCCCAGGUUACAACCUGUGAGUCCAUUCAACGAUGGAGACCAUAAAAAUUAGAGGUUGCCUAGGAAAGCAAAAAGUCUCAAAGAAAAUCAUGUUCCCCUCUCAAGUCCCUCUUCUCAGGUCCCUCUUCUCAGAGGCAGGAGAAAGAAAAGAGAAAAAAAAGAAAAAAAGAAAAAAAAAAAACAAUCUCCAGCUUCACUCCCUUUACUCUCUAUUCUAUCAAUCAAAGCCCUGAAAUCCGUUCAACCCUACCUCCACCAUGUCGAGACCCCCCGACCCCGACCCUGACGUGAUCGAGAUCAGUCGCUGGAGCACCAGCAGCAGUGAGGAAGAAGAAGAAGAAGAAGAAGAAGAAGAAGAAGAAGAAGAAGAAAAGGAGGAGGAGGAGAACGGCGAAGGACACGAGGUCGGCAGUCACGAAUCCAAGACUAGCCAGGAAAAGAAUAAGGCUGCUCACGACAAUAACGCUGCCAAAAGAGAUGACCACCCCCAGAACGAGCAAGAGGUCGUCUACGAGCUCGACGAAGACGCCAUGUCCCAGCUCCCCGACCACCUCCAGACCAACAUGCGCGAAAUCCAACAGGAACGCAUCGAGCGUAUUCACCGCGAGAAUUCCAACGUCCAAAUCCGCAAGGUUAGCAGUCAGAAGGAGGCUCGCGCGGAUAACUGGUUCAAGAGCAUAUUGUCUCACUUUCCUUCCAUGCCCAAUGUGGGUUUCCAUGCGAAUCGCGACAACGUGCGUCGCAAGAAUAGUCCUGGUUUGGAUGAUUUGGAAGCGCAUGAGCGUGCUCGUCUUGCGCCUGAUUCUCCGCUUCCUCUGACCAAGGAUAACCUCGAGUAUUUGACGGAGUGCACUGGUGGUGAGACCAAUGUCAUGUUGGCGGCUGCGACCAGACGCAGGGUUGAGAAGAAGCCUUCGAUCAAGGAUCGUAUCUAUAGUCGUCUGAGUGGCAAGCGGCGUCGCGAGGAGGAGGCUGCUCUAAGGCAUUUGAAGAACAUUGAGAGCCAGGUCCAUGUUGGGAUUCCGCAGUGUUACAAAAAUCUCGUGGAAGAGGAAGAGGAAAAGGAUAGACAGGUUUCUGCCCGGGUUUUGGAGGAGGGGAAGUCCUCGCUGCGCGGCCGCGUUAAGAAGAAUAUGCAGAAGAUGAGCAUGGCUUUCAAGAAGGGCUAGUUGGUCUCAUGCAUUGUAUGGUGUCUCAUCUUUUUGCUCGACUUGGACUCGCCUGAGAGCCAUUGGGAAGGGUUAGGAAACUGGUCUUAGGGACAAGCGAUUGGUCAACAUGUAUGUUGAGAAUGGGUACUCUGGAAUGCAAGGAUACUCAUUGCAAACGGAUAGUCAUACUAAUAAUAAGGCCAAUGUUAAUAGGAAGUGAAG